AGUAACUCUUCGCCAUGCUUGACGGUUAGUCUACUUUUGGGCGCCCGGUUUUUUCGACUCGCGCGAUCUUUCCUUGAGUCGUCGUCGUCGCGGUCGUCGCUUUCGUUCAGCAUCGUAGCUUCUGCUGUGGAUGGAUAAUGUGCGUUGUUACUACGAUUUUUGGGGGGAAAACACGAGAAAAAGGUUCGUCGUGCUUUCGGUCGUUUCUUUCUGAGGGCGUUGGGGUAUCUCGAGGAUGAUGAUGUGAUUUAGGGAAAACAAGUGUUUUGAAAUGUUAUUCCAAGUGUCAAGCGAAACAAAUCUUCAUCUUCAGAUUGGAUAGAAAAUUUUGUGAAUAAAUGAAUGUGAAAACCCAGUUGGGAAACGUUUCAGCAUUGGUUUACUUUUUAUUCCUUCAUAGUGGAUGCCGAGUAAAGCAAACGAGAAUUUUUUCGGUGACCUCAGUUGAAGUGAAGCGAGUAAACGGUUAGUUGCAUCGUGAUAUUGGCGUGCUGAUGUGUGCUGAAAGAUAAAAAUAAAAUAUUAUAUGGUAAAUUAAAGUGAUUCUGAAAUGAAAGAUCUAGUUCUACGUGAAUGAAAUUAGAAGAAAUGAACAAGUGUAUACAUCGUUGAUGUUUGGAAGAAUUGAAAUGGUACGUCAAUAUUGGAGAACCCCGAUGAACUACAAAGUAUUAUGGUGAAGGAAAAAAGCAAGUUGGUUGCAAAUGUGAGAUUUUCGAAACGAAAAACCCCCCUUCUUGGCAUCGGAAAAUUGCAGCGCGGAGAAAAAUAGUUAUGCCGGAAGUUAUCUAACCUUGGUAGUUGGUACAGCCGAAGAAGAGAACAACUAUUGAGUGAAAAGACACAGCGGCUGGAAGUUCCCAGCACCUUAAUCCCCGAACUUGGUUGCACUUCCGUUCCAUAGAUUAUUGUAAUGACUUUUGAUGGUGUUGUGUUGACUGAUGCCAAUCAAUCAACAACAACGACUUUUCCAUCUUCAUCGUCGUCGUUAGGUGACAGAAAUGUGUCCCUAACUGGAAAAGAAAUUCUGAGAGGCCAUCAACUUCCGGCUCCAGCACCAGUGAGUUCCACCUUCGGAUUGGCCAGUGCAUCCGGACUUCCCAGGCCAGCCGUUCUCUACUAUCGGCCAAGUGAAGACGAUAACUGUUCAGGUGAUUCUAGAACUACCGCAAAUGGAGGAAAUUUUCAAACCCGGCAACUGCUCGUUCGGCAAGUGAAUUGGAAUUUUUACACUGAUUGCAAAGACGAUUAUCAUCAUCAGACAGGUGAACGUAGGCUAGAGGCGGGAGGAAGCAGUCCGACGCUUCCGUUUCCGUCCCUGCUUCCCCAAACGGAGGAAGCGCUGAAGGUUUUACGAGAGAUCGAUAACAAUAUUGCUGCCGUCGGAGGCUUGGACGAAAAUGGAUUCGGAUCACUGCUGGAUCGAGUUAAUUGUGGCGAGGCUGGUGACAGCAUGUCCUACUAUUUAAGAAAUAGCGCUCGAUCUCUGUUCUUCAACCAGCAGGACCUUACCCCAGCCGAUCAGGACAACGACGACCAAUCCACGGAAACCGAUCCCUUGCACCCAAAAUCAUCGUCCCAGUUCAAUUCCUCGGAACCUCCAUCGGUGCCCACAUCUACCCCACCAUCCUCGGGCCUCCUCACCGAUCCGGGGCCCUCUAGGAUGCUGAAACGUCCUCCCUUUGGUAACGGAUCGACCGCAACUGCACCUUCGUCAUCACUGGCCGCUGGACUAGGGAACAGCAAACCAAUCUCGUCCCAAACGUUGGGCCACGACACCCCUAACGGCAGAUUGUAUCCGGCCCAACCGCCACGGAUCAUCGGAAGCAGUAGUGCCAACUUCGGGUCAGCCGGAAGGUACCCGUCAACGGAUUUGGGAGGAGCAGUGGAACCGCCGCUGAGUAGUUUGAAGAUAAGCUUCAAACCUUCGCCAACGAGUAGUUCGACGGCAACGACCACGCCCACCUCGACGGCACCCGGAAGUGUCACGCAUCAACCCUCGGCGUCGUUGGUGGAUGGCCAAAUGUCCGCGCAUCGGAACGGCGGAACCGGAGCUGGUGGAAUCGGGGCGGGUAGUUAUCAGGGUAAUAGUAACGUGAAGAAUCAUCAUGCCAAUAGUACUAGUGCUAGCAAUAGUGUGAAUCGGGGUGGUGGAACGAAUGCCUAUAGUAAUAAUAGUAAUAGUAGUGUAAACAAUAACAAUGCAAGAAGCCGAACGGUGGCAGGAGGAGGCGGCUUGGCGGGUAAUCAGGUGCUUCCGCCGGGGGCAACAGUCGCCGGAAGUUCCGGGGCGGCCAUGCAGCUGGCAUUGUACGGGUGGCGGAAGAAAUGUCUUUACUCGGUGAUACUGGUGCUGAUGAUCAUGAUCAUCAUCAAUCUGGCGCUAACGCUGUGGAUACUGAAGGUGAUGGAGUUUUCGUCGGACGGAAUGGGUCAGCUGAAGAUUGUGUCCGGUGGAAUCGAACUGACCGGACAGGCCACGAUAAUGGAUGUGCUGCGAGCGUCUUCGAUACGAUCCAAACACGGGCUGCCGAUUUCGAUAGAAUCUUCCCGCAACUUCAGCGUCAACACCCGGGACGCCCAGGGCAUCCUGGAGAACCAGCUGUUCCUAGGCCACGACCGAAUAGAAGUGCUCGCCAAUCACUUCCGGAUCCUGGACACCCACGGGGCAGCCCUCUUCAGCGUCGAUCGGGACGAAGUGGCCAUCGGGGCCAGUUCUCUCCGAGUCGAAGGCGAGGGAGGAGUCAUCUUCAAGGAUUCCAUCCAAACCCCACUGGUGCGGGCCGAAGCCGGCAAGGAUUUGAAGCUGGAAUCUCCCACCCGAUCGCUGGAGGCUCGAGCAACGCAGGAAAUAUUCCUGCAAUCUCGCGCCGGAAGCAUCGAAGCCAACUGCCUAAACGAUCUCAAACUGCAUUCCGUGGCGGGGACGAUCCGCCUGGAUGCGAGCACUAUCAUGCUACCGAACCUGAAAACCGUUCAACCUCAAUCGUCCUCGGGCUCGUCCCAGUCGGGAUCGUCAUCGUCCCGGGAUUAUUCUGGUUCCUCGAGCUCUUCCGGAGGAGCUUCUUCACAUGGCAAUAAAAUCUACCAGCUGUGUGUCUGCUCCAGUGGGAAACUUUUUCUCGCUCCGGCCCACAGUAUAUGUGCGGCCGAUGACAGUGCCAUCUGCAGGUAAUAUUUCUCAGCUCCAACUGUUCCUGGACCUCCGCCCAAGGUUCUGAUGAUCCGAGCUAGUUCCGCAACCUGGAAUAGGACAACUUACCAGGACGAUUACUGCUGCGGCUAUACGAUUAUUACCCAUGUAGACAAAAUCCCCCAGAAAUCGUUCUAGCCUGUUUCCGUCAUCUAGUUAGUCAUGAAAUAAAGCAAAUGAAAAUGAAGUGUACAUACUAAAUCCUGUAGUGCAAUGCCAAUACCGUUAAUAAAAACGUUAGAACAGAAACGACAUCCAAAAUACGGCCUACUGCGUGAGGGCAAACACUUUUGUCGAUUCAAAUGUCAAGAUACUCAUAAAUCUCAUUACUUUAAGUUUGAUCGUUAUCGUUUUCAAAAACUGAGUUGAAUUAUUUAAAUUUUGAAACAAUCCAAUUUUAAUGUGUAGUUGAAUUUUCGAGGCACGAGGCCUAAUUCUGGUAGUCAAGUGACGUUACUCGCUAAAUUUCACCUUAUAGUCUUGAUUCUUGAAUACUGAGAACGUCCCAGCCAAGAAAUUUGAGUUAGAAUGAGCUUUGAGAACCUAUCGAAGCUUAUCUGAACUGGCAUUUCAUGAUUGGAGUGCCUACAGAAGUCAGAUGAAAUUUGAUGAGUCACGUCACGCGACUGAAGAAUAAGGUCAAUGGUAUUUAAUUUUUCAAUUUCUACUGAAAAUUCUCAAGUUCUCGAAGUUUUUUUGCUCUUUAGCUAAUUUUUUGUUCGAGACAUCUAACUGAAACUGAAUAAAACGUCUAGUAAAAAUGGCCUAUACACUUACAUAUUGUUUCUUUAAAUAUUUGUCAAUGUAAAAAAAAUCAAUAAUCUCCUGAUGUAAAAUUCUACUAUUUGUAAGCACAGUCUGUUAUCUGUUAAGUUUGAAAGGAUAAUCUGAAUCUAUUUUUGAGGAAUAAAAAACUGAUCAUACGGUAUUUGUUGUAAGAAAAUUAAAUAUGAAGGAAUUGUUGUUAUCUAAAUUAUCUAUCAGUGGAUGCACUUUGUUUGAAGUAUCAUAAUGGAAAAAUUGGCACAAUGAAACAUCGGAGCUUAAAAACAACGCUGUUAGCUUACAAUUCGGCAAUUGAGCGUAAUGAUCGGAUUUAAUCAAAAGAUGGUUUACCAAUACAUAAGACAUCACAAAUAGUUGAAGAUUAUUCGCUU